AUGAAACGACUCUGGGGGACCCUGCCCCGAGUCAAGAGAGUGCGCCACCAACGCGCAAUAGGGAUGCUAUCAACUAAAAAAUCUCAUGCUCGACAAAUACAUCAACACACGUUUUAUCCAGUAGCUACCGACCAAGCAUUUUCACAGCUCGACCCCCAGAAGAAAAAACGGGCUGAUCUCGGAACCUCAGUGCCGCUAUAUCUGCCACCAGAGGCCUGCGGAUUACGACAACUAGCUGCCGGAGACUUCGUCGAAGCUAUUGUCGCUGGAAUACCAUACUGGGGAGUAGUUACGACACGACAACCAUUCACCCUGGAGAUGCUGGACAGCGAUGGAAUCAACAGAGAAGUGCCAGUGGAUUGCGUCACGUUUGGGCUCUACGGCUUCACAGAAUUGACAGGCAAGAAGGAGCGACUCGCACUUCUGUCGAACUAUCUUAAUUCGGUCUCCUACUAUCACAGUGUAGCAAUGCGGAAGCUUUCGACCAUCCAUUCACUCUUUGCUAAGCAGGCAAUCCCGUGGUCUGUCGGGCUGGACGAAAUAACCGAGACCCUUCUCAAGAUCUCUCCGGCAAUAAAUGCAUACUCUUGGUCCGCUGCGGCUUUGGCUUCACAUAUCGCCGUCGUCAAUCAGCCGCGCUACUUCAGAUGUGACUAUGCUCAGACAGCAGAUUAUGACUCCUGGUCACCCCUCAAUUACGUGGCUCUACCUAUCGAUAUCGUGAGCAAACUGGAACUGGUUGUCCAUCCUGACAAUGCUGCCAGAUCAAUCAAAGAGUUCACAGCAAUUGCUCUGAGAUAUAUGGAAUCUACAGAGCAUGUUCAGCAUCGUCAUUUGCCUCUCAGGGCACUAUUUACGGCCAAACAGUCGUAUGACACCUGGGAUGCCGUAGUGGUGUUCCUUCGACAUUACGUGGAGUAUCCUCACCGUAACCUCAUGUGGGUUGUUCCUGAGAUUCUUGGUAGCUGGUAUCGAGACAGGUACGAGGGCCAUGGAGACCCCUAUGACCCGUAUGUGGUUCGAGAGUUCUUGGAAAGAAUCAACGAAACGACCCCCAGUGGUCCAGGAUCAGUAUUCCUCGCUGGUCCGAACGACAUUGCAUUUACAAAACAUAGACUGCCUGCAGAUACGACGGUGGCAGCCGAGGAGCUCGAGCUAACAGACGGAAAUUCAACAUUCUUCGACUACUGCAGUCAAAAGUUUACUGAGUGGGAACCAUACACAUCCGUGUCCGCAGCCCAAUUUCUACAUAAGUGGAGAGACCCGGCAUACCUGCUAGAUCGUCACAUUGGCUUCGGCAUAUAUGUGGAGAACGGGGUGCCAGAAUUCCUCCAUCUGCAUGUUCCUGACGUCACCCAAACUGUUCCAGUCAAGUCUAGCGUGCUAUCUGUGGUCGGCCAGCGAAGUUAUUCUCUCGAUACAGUAGAGGGUCGACUAGACAUGCUUCCAGGAGCUGUAGCUGACGAGCUGGCUCUCACAGGAGAGGGCAGACGACGAGUCAUGACGGUCACUGUAAGACUACAGGAUGGCAAGCUCCCUGAGAGCAUCACACCGGAUCUACUUUUCGUAUCUUUCGGUACGGUCGAGUUCGAAGAACUAACAGAGUCAAACAACUCCAGCCGAGCUUUGACAGAGCUGCUACAAGAACAUUACGACUACCGACUAUCUCACGGAGCACUUCCUGGGUUUGCCAAGUCUAACAAGAACGUCAGCUUGUCUUACCAGGUUGGAGAAGUAUCUGAGCUGCCCAAGUCAAUCUUCCUUAGCUCGGUCGAAUACCAGAAAGACGAUCAGAUCGCGCCACGGAAUGAAAAGGUUUCGAUUUUGCAUGCUACCGAGGACUUGGAUGUGUUGAGCGAGGCUCGCAUUCUCAUGAACCGACUCGGAGCCAUCUACGCGUCUGAAAACAAGCUGGCUGUCAUGUAUCGACAGCAGCAGGACCCCUUGCACGCGGAAAAGUCGGAUCAUCCGCUCAAUCGAAAGAUCCAGUCUCUCUAUUUCGAAAAGGAACAUUUUUCGGACACACCCGGUCCCCAUGAGUCCCUCGGACUGGAUUCUGUUAUACAGAUUGCUUCUCCCAUCGACUCCCUGGAGGACAUUGUGAAUCAGCAUCAGCUGUAUUGCAAAUACGCCAACCUGUGCGCAUCGAGAAGACAUGGAGAAGACGUGGUGAACUUAGCAACUCUUCGAGGAACACCCAAAGUAGACUGGCUUGCGCCUGCUGGAAAGGAGGAAUACACACCUCUUUCAGACAGAUGGCAUGAUAUCCAGGACGAUGUGUGUGACGUUCUGGAGGAGGAGACCCCUCGAAUGAUUCUGGAGCUGCCUCAACCUCUCUCUGCUGGACAGCUUCGAAGUGUCUACUUACAGUACCUGCGACCUCGACAACGGUUGACUGACCGGGCAGCUCAACUGGUUGAACGAUACUGGAAGAUUCUGUGGAUCGAAACGCAGAAUAACUUUGCAUACAAGUGUGUUGUGACUCGACCUGCUCUUACCUAUAAGCGAGAUCCUAUCACCAAGCUGUCUACACGAGCGCGGGCUUAUUGCAUUGAUUUGGACAUGGAGGUUGAGGUUGAGGUUGGAGAUCUUCAGCUUGAGCGAGGAGAUCGGCUUGUCAGCAUGGGAGUUGUGCGCGCUAAUAAAUACACUGGAGAGCUGGUCCUGUGUGUUUAG